CCCCCUCGCCAGCGGGGUGCUCUUCGCGGCCGCCUUCGCCUGGGGCUACGUCCGCAGCCUGCUGCCGUCGCUGCUGGAGUCUGGCAGGAACCAGUGGGAGGCGAGGCCCGGCGGCUUCUUCUCAGAGGUCAGCUGGGCGUAUGCCCUCCUGUGCAGUGUCGCGUACACCAGCCUCGUGCUGCUCGGCGUGCGGCGCAUGGAGCGGCAGCCUCCGGUGCGGUGCUUCAUUUUCGAGUUUAUGGCGGUCUACAACUGCACCCAGUGCUUGAUCAAUUGCUAUUGUUGUGUGCAGUUGUGUCUGAUAGGCGGCACCGUCGGCACGGACGCGGCGUCGCAGGACGAGGCCCUGGGCGAGCCGCGGGACCACGCCAUCGGCAGGCAGGUCUGGCUGCAGUACCACUGCCGGCAGCUCGAGCUGCUGGGCACGGUGUUCAUGGUGCUGCGGAAGAAGUUUGACCGGGUCUCGUACCUGCACCUCUACCUGCGCGUGUUGAACCUGUGGGGAUGGUACUUUGGUUGCCGCUUCGCCUGUGACACGUCGUACUUCCCGGCGCUGGUUACCGCGGCAUGCCAAGCGACGCUGUAUUUCUACUACAGCCUGUCGUCCCUCGGCAUCCGGGAGGUGCCGAUCUUUAAGAAGGCACGCCUGACGGAAGUUCAGUUAUUACAAUAUAUUUUGUGC